AUGAUGAAGAAUAUGCUCAAAUCACUAUUAUUAUUAGAUGAUAUUUCAAUUCGUAUUUUGUUAUUUUUCAUCUGGCGUAAUGUCGUAACUCAGAAUACUAAGGAUGCAACAGCAAAUCGUUUCAGCAGGUCUGCAUCACCUUCUAUGAUCAAUUUUAAUGGUUUACCAAUAGCACGUGUUUAUGCAAGUACAUCAGAAGAGAUAACACCUGGUAGCCUUGUUCUGGAUUUGAGUAAACAUUCCGAAAUAAACAAAUUUCUAGCUGAUCAAAGUGAUUUUCUAAUGUCUACAACUGAAGCUUAUCGAUACAGACUAUUGAAUGCAUUCGACAGUCACUUAUUUCGUGUAGGAUCAAAAACUGGCAAGAUAACUGUUGCUGCACGACUAGAUCGAGAAGCAUUAUGUGCAAGUGUAAAAGCACAGUUCUGUUGUAACUCACGUUCCGGAAGUAUACCGGCCUCAUUUUCAAGUGAAACUGAUUGGAAAAUUAAGUCAGUCGAGUUUAAUCCAGGUCAGCAGUGUUAUUUAGUGGCACAUAUUAGUGUACAGUCAGAUAGUGAGGUGAUUCGGAAUGCAGACAGUUUCCGUGGGCCCCAGCAGGACAAAACAAGUCGUGCAGCUCUGGUGUACUUUUAUCUACAUUUAGAAGAUAUCAACGACCACACCCCUCAGUUUCCAGAGCACUUAGUUGAUCUAAACAUCAUGGAGGAUACGCCAAUUGGUAGUGUUCUGCAUUAUUUCAGAGUUACGGAUCCUGAUGUGGGUUCGAAUUCACUGAAUUCAGUGAACUUAUCAAUCAGUCCACUGCCUAAUUUACCAUCAGAUCAGACGUCAAAAUCUCAGCAGAAUAAUUUUUUGAUACCUGACUUACUGAAUAAACCUUUCGAAGUAACGCUGAACAGAGAUGGUAUAAGUUUCACACUCAAAAGUCAAUUAGAUCGGGAGACCGUUCCAGCUUAUGACGUAACACUGAUUGCUGUGGAUGGUAAUAAACAAAUUCCCCGUUCAAGUCAAAUCAGUUUUCGUGUACAUGUGGCCGAUGUCAACGAUAACCCACCUAAAUGGCUAAAACAAAAGUCACACAGUGAUUUACAGAGUUCAAACUAUGAGCAAGAAACAAGUUUAGAAAUGGAUAGUGAUUAUCCAAGAUUUUUAGUCUCUGUACCAGAAGAUACACAGAUAGGCGCAUUGAUUUUCUGGCUUCAAGCACGAGAUGCAGAUGCAGGUGAGAACUCUCGCCUUCAAUAUUUAAUUGAUACAAGCGCGCCUGGAGGAUUAAUUGGGGUUGAAUAUUUAUCAGUUCAGCCGAAUACUGGUGAAGUACGGCUAAGAUCCCAGUUGGACUAUGAGACGAUUUCACUACAGACUAGUGGUCCUGAAAUUGUUAUUCCAGUUGUGGUGCAUGAUAAUCCACGUAAUGGACGUCAACUAUCAGCUCGAGCUACGCUUGUCAUCAGAGUUCUAGAUAUAAAUGAUGUGCCUCCCAAUAUAAUUGCAACUCCACUGUCUCCAGUACUUUCAAACGGUAACAUUUAUCCAAAUAUAGUUGGAAAUAAUCAUGCCACAUCUGUUUUUGGUAUAUGGGAGAAUCAGCCACCCGGUCAACCAGUGGCCAGUAUUCAUGUUAGUGAUCCAGAUACGGGUGAUGGGGGAGUUGUAACAUGUACAAUUACCAGUGAACAUUUUCGUCUAGCAACUGAAUCCUCUUCAUCUGCAUCUCAUUAUGAAAACUUAUAUGACAGUAAUAACAACCUAGAAACAAUGAAGUCUGAUUACAGAGUACCAAAAGUGAUAGAAGCACUGUCCGGUUCUGCCACCUACCAGCUUAUAUCUGCCCAACGUUUAGAUAGAGAAACAACAUCGAGACAUCAAGUCCUCCUUACAUGUAGAGAUCACGAUGCAGUAAGACCACUCGAAUUCACUUAUAGAUUAGAUAUUGAAGUAUUGGAUGAAAAUGAUAAUCCACCUAUAAUAUCAUCGCAUAAAAUUUUAUUAACAUGUCCAGAAAAUGGGUCACCUGGAAGAGUUAUCGGUCGACUGAAUGUUACAGAUGCUGAUAUUGGUGAAAAUGCCCGACUACACUUUUGGAUUGAUGAGGCUGAUGCCAGUUGGGUCAGUAUACAGUCAAAUACUGGAGAGAUUCGAGUAAAUACAGUAUUCGAUAGGGAAUUAGAGCCUGAGCGUACAUUCUAUGUUUACGUAUCCGACUCUGGUGCUAAUAUACACACAGCUUCAGCUGAAGUUAAAAUUGAAAUUCUCGAUGAAAAUGAUCACACACCACAUUUUACUGAUUUGUACUUCUUCUCCAUACCGGAAAAUAGUCCACCGGACACAGAAGUUGGUCAAAUUUAUGCUAUCGAUGAGGAUAGUGGAGUUAAUGGCAAGGUUCAGUAUUUUUUGCGUCAACCAAGUAAAGAAUUCGAUUUAGACAAAAAUACAGGAAAGUUGACAGUACGUAAAAAUACUAUGGAUACUGGCAAAUACCAUUCCAAUGAAUUAUUUAGUAAAACUUCGAAUUUAUUGGAUCGUGAACUAAAAGACAGUUAUGAACUGUCAGUAUAUGCUGAGGAUGCUGGUAAUCCACCAAGACGUGCAACUGCCAUUGUUCAUAUAAGUAUAUCAGAUGUCAAUGAUCAUGCACCAGAAUUCCGGUAUCCCACACCUCAUGGUACAGGUAGUGUACUAAACAUAUCAUGUGCCCAGUUGGGAAGUCAAAUUAUUGCUCAGGUACACGCAAAUGAUUCUGACACAGGGCGUAAUGGCGAUAUUGAGUACAGUAUUAUACGUCAUAGCAGUGGCAGGCAGCAAAUUAAAAAAGUUAAACGAAGCAGUAGUACCAUCCUGGGCAGUCAAGAAAAAUUAGAAAGAAGUUCAGAGUCUCACAAUAAAAAGUCACAAGUAAACCAAUCAGUUGUACAAGAAGUAACGGAUUUCGGACAAAAUGGUGUUAAUAAGACAUUAGAAAUAAGAAAUUCUUCCAAUUCAAGACAUGUUAAAUGGGCUCCAUUAUCGCAAGUACUUUUGGGUGGACCAACAGAAGAACACUUUGAUAUUGACAGUUACAGUGGACAGUUAUUUCUAAUCCAUCCUAUACUUGAUUGCAGUCAGCCAGUUGACGUAAAGCUGUUGAUUCAAGCAAGUGAUGCAGGUCAACCACCGAAAUCCUCGACAGCACUCUUAACAUUGCAUGUAUAUCCAGCAAAUUCAGUGAAUGGGUUGACCUUUGAAAAUAAUAAUCACAAUAAUUUUAUGAAUCUUGCUGAUGUUAAGCGGAGUCUGGAUUUUAAUCGACGUUUAAGAGGUAAUACAAAUGCUUGGACAGAUGAUAAAAAUUCACGAUCAGUUUAUCAACAUGCAAGUUUUAGUGCAAAUGCUCCCGGAAUGUCUACAAAUCAAAGGAAUAUGAAUAGUUAUCAUUGGUCAGCCAUUGUUGGUCUAAUUGUAGCCAUGAUUGUUCUUGUACUAUUACUGUGUCUAAUGUUGAUCAUUUUAAGGAGACGUUUUAUUAUGGAUGCGAGGAAACUGUCUUCUAAAGAGAAGGCGAAAGCAAAUGAGGAUGGAAAUAAAUAUCAAACGGUUGUUGGUAUGACUCUUCGCCCAAAUGACAUGACAGUUCAAGAUAUAUACAACAGAGGUUCACAAGGCACACAGCAAUUACAUGAAAUAGCAAAUAAUUCACAUUCGCAUUCAACCUUUUCCACAAGAACACUAUCACAUCCCGGGGAAGAAUUCAACUGUUGUCCAGUCGGAACUAUGUUAUUUGAACCACAUCCUCAACUGUCAGCUGGCAGUCAUCUAUUCGGUACUUUACCAACGUCGUCGUCACCAUCAACAGCUAUCAAGUUGAACACUGGUGAAAUAGCCUUGCUUCAUGAUGAUCCUAUUUUUGUACAUAAUCGAAAUAAUAAUAAUAAUAAUUUAUGCACCACAGAACAACGACAAUCAAUUUACAAAGGACAGAACACUGAACUCUAUGGAUAUGUAGAUACACAGCCAAGAAGGGAAAAUAUUAUUUUACAAGGUAACCCCUAUCAAACAUUACAGUCAAAACACCCUCCUAGUUCACGAAAUAUAUCAUCUUUUGGUAAGACAAUGAUUGAAGACUAUUCAAGCAAUAAUAAUAGUGAACAAAUUAGAAGACUUCCACUACAACAACAUAAUUUUUACAAAAGUGGACAAUAUACACCUUUGAUUGACAUGAAUCAUGAGCAUAUCUGGGAACAAGUACAAUUAGUCCAAGCUUCACAGCCAAACUUAUGUAUUAACUUCAAUCGUGAUGAUCAUGAUAAUAAUAAUAUUAUUAUUAAUGCGAGGAAAAAUAACAAUAACAUUCAAAACAACAGUAAUUAUAUUGAUGAGUGUAGUUCAUUCGGUCAUAUUGUUCACCGAAAAGAAUCCCUAACAUAUCACGAAAAAGCUUUCAGUUUGACUGAUUUAAAUUCACAGAAAACAGAAAUUAAAUUAUGCGAUAGGGAUAAUAAUAAUAAUAAUAAAGUCAAGAAAAGUAAUAUGAUCAACUAUUGUAAAAUAAAAAACUUCAAUAAAUCUGAGUCAACUUCAUCACCAGCCAAUAACAAUAAUAAUACCAGCGUUAGGUUACAACAAAAUGAUGAAGAACAACAUGCAAGACGACGACAACAACAACAAUCAGGACCAGUGCGUACGAAAACUCAAAAACCCAAACAGAAAACUUCAACAGUACCAAUAUCGAAUAAGAAUCAGUGUACAACACUGGAAUCCAUUCAAACAGAGAUUUCGACAAAGACUACCGUAAGGAACUUAAACACAAAUAAUACCAAUAAUGACAAUAAUUCUUAUUGUACGGUGAGUUUUGUUUGA